AUGGCGUCAUCAAAUGAUAAUGAAGACAUGACAACAAGAACAUCACUUGGUGCUAUGAUAGUUAAUGAAAUACAAGAAAUGAUACUCGAUAAUACGGAAAAUAUGUCGCAGUCUUCAGGCUCCAGUAUUCAAGGAGCUGACAUCGAUUUCAACAAUCUGAUAUUGACAAACGAUACUAUUAAUAAUACAAGACGAACAACUACAGACGACACUCCUAUAUCGUCUACGCCAAUUAUGCGAGGAGCAACGACAGCUGUAAAUGAAGAAGUGCAGAUGCUUACAAAUCGUUUAGGUUCGAUCUUCAACGAAAAUAAUACACCUAAUGAGAAUAAUGGCACUGAAUCUUCAACGGAUGAUGAACAUGAAGUUGUAUCACAAGCUGCUACACCAACAGAGGCUUUGUAUACUGAUAAAAGACAAAUUGAUUUUAUUCCAUGUCUCUUGGAAACAUCAUAUGUACCUGAUGGAUGGCUUGGUAUAUUAAUUCGUGAUCGAUUGUAUAUUGAUUUUUCUUCAGCAGAUCAUUUUGAUACAGCUUUUGAACAAUUAAUUGAGGAAAUAAAGGAAAUCGAAAAUCGAUUACAAAUGGCAUCUAGUAAGUUAAAUUGUUAUUUUAAUGAUCCUUAUAAUCAUUAG